AUGUUCGGGUCGUCACUGCAAGAUAGGCUCAACGCAGCUGUCAAAACUCUUGAAGCGACGGGAUCAUCACUUCAAGCCAAAGCAUUGAGUGUCAAUGCCAACCCAAACGCUACCAUCAAUCCCUCCGUUCAAACAUCUUCGUUGAACAGAGAAGGUCCUCCAAGUCGUUCCGGUUCUCCAGCCAAAUCUAAAUCACCCAUAACACCUUCUUCCCCUUCGAUCAACACGAAUAUAAAGACUAGUAACGAAAAGAAAGUAGAUAACGUGUCACCUACGAAAUCAGUAACAUCCCCAUCAACGUUACCGCCAACUUCGAUAUCACCUGCUAACUAUGUUAAUUCGACUGCCCAUUUGGCUGAGAAUGCUUUAUCUGGCCUAAGGAAAAGUUUUCAUUUCGGACGUGGAUCGCAAGAUAUUCCCAAAAAUAAUGCAACUUCAACUUCAACAACAUCUUCACCAACUAUUGGUUCCUCAUCACCUCAAAAAGAAUUGAAAAAUAUAAUAAAUCCAACGUCUACCCAAUCGUCAAUUACAGGACCAUCAUCAAGACCUUCUUCACCUAACCCUAGACUAUUGGCCAACCCUAGUGCUAACUUCACUCUGGGCUCAGAUCCACCUUCGCGCUCUAUAACUCCCACACCAUCAAGUUUUACCUCGUCCGGUAGAAGAGGUUCGAAACUUGCUCUUGAACCCUCGACCCCACUUCCACCCCCCGAUCCAUCAAAUCCAGCUACGUACCCUCUUCCUCCUUCACCCGCACUCUCAGCAGCGGAGAAUCUGACUACCCCUUCGACAGGAUUCGCAGAUCCCCUAGGUGCAUCUCCCUUAUUGGAACCAAGUACAGAUGGCGACGUACCCAAAUUAGGUUUACAGGGGCCAACACCUGGUGCAGAGGAGCAAGAGGAGAUAGUAGGGCUAGGCACGAAUGGUCUGGAGAUAGAUACCAGCUCGAAAGGUCUUGAAGAAAAUGUGAAAGAUGCUGGCUCAAAGGAACUCACAGAGAGCUUGGAAGGGCAAGAUAAGGAAACGGGAAAUACUGUGAUAGAGCUAUCAGGAGAAGAUAUCAAGAAACUAGCAGAUUCAGAACGACGUUACGAGGACCUGUCACAACGAUUUACGAAAUUGCUCACUCAGACCCAUAAAGCAAAUCAAGUAUUAAGAGAUCUUACUCCAUUGGAAGGUGGAAUAGGGGAUCAUGAAGCGAUGGAAGGAUGGAUUAGAAUGAAAAAUGGUAAGGUGGAUAUGAUUACCGCUGAGAUGAAACGACUUCAAGAUAGAAUCACACUACAAGAUUCUCGUAUGGAGGAACUACGAGAUACACAUAGACUUGAAGGAUCUUCACAAACUGAAUUAAUAGCUAAACUUCGAACUGAACUUACAGAAGCUCAAGAAAAAGCAAAAUCAGUUUCCACCGAUAAUACCAUUAUCAAUCAAUUGAAAGCGGAUUUAUCGAAAGCUCAAACCCAAGCCAAGGAAGAAGAAGAGAAACGAACUAAAGCUAUAUCCUUAUUAAAGACUGUAAGGCUGAAAUUGGUCAAAGUGGAAAAAGAAAAAGAGGAAAUUGAGAGAGAUCGAGCUGAAGAAAGAGCCGAAAGAAGUAGAGCUUCAGAUGAAGUUGAGAAAGUCAAAGGGGAAAAAGAAAGAGAGGUAACUCAAUUACGCAAAAAUUUCGAAAGAGAAAUAGCUGGUGUCAGAGAAAGAGCUGAGAAAGAAUUAGCUAGUAAGAAAGCUGCCUGGGAACUGGAAAUGAUAACUACAAAGGCUGCCCAUGCCAAAGACGCCUCAGCGAAAAACACCAAAGUGAACGGUCUGGAAGCUAUAGUCAAGGAACUGAAUUUGAACAAGCAAAAGACAUUCGCAGACCUUCAAGCUAAACAAGCAGAAGCUGAAACUGCAAGAGCAGAAACCGAAUCGUUGCAGACCCGAACCAAAGAAUUGGAAUUCCAAUUACGUGAAUCUAAUGAACGAUGUGCAUUAUUAGAAGAUUCAGUUAGAGAUUCAAGUAGAGCUGGUAGAAACGGAUUAAACGUCCGUGGUGAUACUUUUGGAAGUCCAUCACCUUCACCAAGUAGAAGAAAUUCUUAUUCUAUUGGAAUCCCAAAUGGAUCAGGAUCAGGAUCAGGAUCUGGAUCUGGUACAGAAGAAGUUCAAAGGUUAUUAUCUGAAUCAGAAGCUAGAUCAGAAGCUAAACUAUCCGAUCUAAGAUUCAAGAUACGCUCACUUGAGACUGAACGGAACGAAAUUGAAGAAGAAUGGGCGACGAAAUUACAGGAAAGAGUCAGAGAAUUGGAAAAGCUAAGAAGACAAGUUCAAGAGAAAGAAUUGGAAUAUGCUGAGAGCUUGAGAGGUUUACAGGAGAGAGAAAGGAAGAUAGAGGAUGGUGAAGAGAAGGUUAGAGGUCUGGAAAGAGAAGUUGUUCGGUUAAAGGGCAAGAUCGAGGAAGGUAAAGGUGAUGUCCAGGUUGCUGUCGAAGCAGAGCGUGCGGCAAAAGAGGAAUGUUCGACCUUACAGACACAAAUACACAAUUUACAAUCACAAUUAGAUGAAUCGAAAUCGCAUAUAACACAAUUGAAAUCCACCAAUAAAACGUUGAGAGAGGAAAUGAGAAAAGUACAAUCUUCCGUUCAGUUGAUGGAAAGACAAAGAAAUCCAGGUGUAGGAUAUUGGUCUUCCACUACUAUACAACCUACUACCACGAAUAGAUCAAGUGUACCAAGUCCUGUUGGUACACCUGGACCUGGAUCCGCUCCUUCGCCUGCACAGGGUUCGAACAUGGGAUUGGGAUUGGGUAAUGAUAAUGCAAGUGAAAGCCGAACAAGUUUAGAAAGUACAAGUACACGUACAGGUACAGGUAAUGGUACUGGUAUCACUACUGGCAAUGGAAGUGGAACAGUUCCUGGAACGCCGACUUCGACUUCGACAAAUGGUGAUUUGAAGAAAAAUGAUGAAGAGGAAGUGAACUUAGAGUAUUUACGAAAUGUCAUCUUGCAAUUUUUAGAACAUAAAGAGAUGAGACCUAAUUUGAUUAGGGUAAUGUCUGUUAUACUUCGAUUUACACCUCAAGAAUUAAGGAGACUAAAUGCAAAACUGCAAACUUAG